AAAUAUGUAAAGGGUGAGUGUCAGGAGGAUGGAGCCAGGCUCUUCUCUGUUGAUAAAGGAUCCUGGGAAAGAAGAAAAGCAACCAGAUGUGCAGAGGCAUCCAAUUAUACAGGACCUUGUUUUUCUCUGUUGUAUUACAGGUUCCAGAAUCUGCUGUGGUCUCGAAAAGCAUUUGUGGACAGCGUGAAGGUGUAUAACCACAGCUACAUCUACAUGCCAGCCUUCUCAAUGAAGACGGGGACGGGACCCUCACUGCGCGUCUAUUACACCCUGGAGGACUUCGGUGCCAAGCAGGCGGUCCUUUUCGCCAACCCCAAUUUCCUGCGUGACAUUGGCAAGUUCUGGAAGAGCAAAGGUAUCCAUGCCAAACGGCUUUCCACAGGACUUUUCCUAGUCAGUGCCGCCCUUGGUCUGUGUGAAGAAGUAACAAUUUAUGGCUUCUGGCCAUUCUCGGUGGACCUGCAGGGGAAGUUUAUUAGCCAUCAUUACUAUGACAAUGUCUUGCCUGAUUCUGGAUUCCAUGCCAUGCCAGAGGAAUUUCUACAGCUCUGGUUUCUUCAUAAAAGUGGUGUACUAAGAAUGCAGCUAGAAUCGUGUGAGGACCCUUUAAUCCAGUCUUCUGCCUGAGGAUCACAGGAGUCGGUUUGGGAGAUCCAAUAGUUUUUAAUUUACAUGCUCUCCAGCAGAGACUUCUGUUGAUUCUUUUUAAAGGGAAAAUAAUUGUGGAUCUGCAUGGACCAUAAAAUGCUACUUGAAGGCCAAAUGGAAUACGUCCUUAAUGUAUAGUGCUUUAUGGAACUGGGGUUGGGGGGGAGUGAAUCUCUCCAUUGAGUCCAUU